AUGGAGAACCUCGAUCAGAUCAACAAGCUUGAGGGCGGUCUUCGUCACCUUCGUCUUCGUGAUGCUAACGCCGAAUCAAAGUACGCCGUUCCUGUCGAAUUCGUUGCUCGCCCUGGCUUCAAUUCAACUGGCAAGGAAAUCGAGGUCCAGAUGAACUCAUACAAAGUUACUUCAUUCCCAACCAAGACGGUGUACCAGUAUAGUGUCCUAAUUGGAACCGGUGCGGAGAAAAGCAUCAUCAACAAGAAAGUUUGGGAUUCCAAGGCCAGAAAGGAGCGUCUAAAGGGCAUCAUCUAUGAUGGGUUCAGCCUUGCUUGGAGUCUCAAUAAUUACCCAAAAGACAUCAAUGUCAUGGUUGACCUCGACGCCGAACAGAACAGACCCCCGGGGAAAACCCGCAAUGAGUUCCGUUUAGUCGUCCGCCCAACAAAAACCGUGAACAUGGCGGUUUUGCACUCCUGGUUGACUGGUGAGACAUCCUAUACGGAUGCCAUUAACGAAUCAAUGUCUUUCUUGGACCACCUCGUACGCGAGCACCCUGCCAACCAGUUCCUCGCAAUCAAGCGGUCUUACUUUAACCCCAAUGGGGAAAACAGAGACAUCGGUGGCGGCGUGCUAGCCUUCAAGGGUGUUUACCAAGCCCUGAAACCAGCUUCGGGCCGAUCCCUCAUCGUCAAUAUAGACGUUUCGAACUCAUGCUUUUGGGCUCGUACUUCUCUCAUGGGUGCCACACAGGCAAUCAUAGAUGCGCGCGAUCCCCAACAUCUCAUACACCUUUUGCGGCACAUUCCUCAGGAAGGUGGCCGACGCGAGAGUCCUCACUUCCACGAAGUUUCUCGUCGUAUCGCAAAGCUUCAAGUCCGGCCACAUUACCCAGGCUGUCCCGUUGCAGGAACUGAUUUCACGGUCAGGGGCCUCGUCAACUGCAACGCAAGGGAAUGGAAGAUCGAUGUCAGGGACCCUGCAACUGGAACAUCCGAGCAAAUGAGCAUUGAAGCAUACUUCAAGAGAAAAUACAAUCUUACCCUGGACCACUGGGAUCUUCCUUUGGUGGAGCUGACCAAGAAAGGCGUCGUUUACCCACUGGAACUCCUGACCAUUCAUGGUCUGAACCGUUACUUGUGGAAACUCAAUGAAUACCAAACAUCGAACAUGAUCAAAUAUGCUGCUGCUCGUCCGGCAGAUCGCCUGAGAUCUGUCGAGAAUUCCAAGAGAAUGCUCAACCACCCCAAUGACCCCGUCUUGAAAGCCUUUGGAUUCCAGGUCGGUGAUACAAUGAUUCGUACAAAGGCACGUCUUCUCCCUGCCCCCGAUAUCGAAUUCGGCAAAAAGCAACGCGUCAGCCCAGGUACCUCCGGACGCUGGGAUCUAAGAGGGAAAAAAUUCUAUCAACCCAACAAGGCACCCAUUAUUUCCUGGGGUGUUGGGUACUUCCCUGGCAGGCGCAACGUUAUCGACGAAAAGCAAGUCAGAGAAUUUGUGGACCUCUUGAACAGUACAUAUGUUGGUCAUGGAGGCGGAUUUGAAGUCAAACCUGUUCUUGUUGAACUAAGGGAAGACAUUGGUGAGGCUGUUAAGAAGCUUUACAACGCAACCGGUAUCAACUUCCAGAAAGACCCACAGCUCCUCGUUGUUAUUGUCCCCGACAAAAAUUCAUUUACCUAUGCUCGGAUCAAGAAAUCCUGUGAUUGCCGUUGGGGAGUCCCAUCCCAGGUUCUUCAGUCUGCACAUGUGGUCAAGAAGAACCCGCAAUACGUCUCCAACGUAUUGAUGAAAAUCAAUGCUAAACUCGGAGGCACCACUGCUCGCGCUAUUCCCAAGAUUAAGGAGGCAACUCUGAGGCCUCGUUCCAUGAUUAUCGGUGCCGAUGUUACUCAUACACCCCAGGGUGUGUGGCUCCCCUCGCUAUGCGCAAUGUCUGUCUGUAUGGACCAGUUUGGCGGCCGGUAUUGGGGCGCGUGCGAGGCAAAUGGCGAAAAAGCUGAAAUGAUAGCCCGCACAAACCUGGAGGCCAUGCUCACGCCCCUUCUUCGGGAAUGGAUGUCGACUGUCGGUGGCGGUAGGCCCCCAGACAAUGUCUACUAUUUCCGCGAUGGUGUUUCCGAGGGCGAAUUUGAGCAUGUCCUGCAACGAGAAGUUCAAGACAUGAAGUCGGUCUUUAUGCAGCUGACGCAAGACCAAUGGGAGGGAAAGCUCACCGUGGUAAUUGCUAACAAGCGUCACCAUUUCCGGGCUUUUCCUAGGCCUAAUGAUCGAAACGCUGCGGACAAGAACGGUAACCCACUGCCUGGUACCCUUAUUGCAAGGGACGUUACCAGCCCCGACAACUGGGACUUCCUCUUGUACUCGCACAUUGCUCUGCAGGGUACCUCGCGACCAGUUUACUACCAUGUUAUUCUGGAUGAGAUGAAACACCGCCCUCAGGAGCUUGAGAAUAUGAUCUAUGAUCAUUGCUAUCAAUACAUGCGCUCCACCACUUCGGUUUCCUUGUUUCCCGCGGUUUAUUAUGCCCAUCUUAUUGCAACUCGAGCCCGUCAUCACGACAAUGCUCCCGCGAGCUCUGGCCCUCAGAGCGGUCCCGAAGUCCCACUGAACAACCCUAAACCGGAGAAGCCGGUCAUUGACCAAAGGCUUCUCCCAAUCCACGGAACUAAUAACCGUUUGCCCUUCGGCAUGUGGUACAUUUAG